UUUCCUUUAAUUGAAAAAAAAAACAGCUCUUAAUAUAAUCCGGGGCUUUAGUUCUCUGAUCCGUGCUUGGGAUUUGGGUUCUCUCUUUUGAGCACGUAAGAUUUUUAAGAUUCAGAAGCUUAACUGUGAGAACCAUGUCAACCAGUUUCCGCUCGGCGCUCGCCGGACCCACGCCCGAUGAAAUUUCCCGGAAACCUCCGGAAAUGGUCUCUGGAGAACCUUGCAAUUCUCCAUAUCCUUCUUCUUCUUCUUCGUCAAUCUCCGACAUCACUCAAGCUUUUCAUUUCUCUUCUGGAAACCCUAGAAUCGAAGAGACCAGGGGCGUCAUGCUCCUCUAUCGGAACGAUGUCGGCCUUCCUGUUGAAAGAAAACCCCUGCUUUGUGUUCUUGAAGUGCCAAAUCACAUGACAUAUGCAGAUUUUUGCCAGUUCUGUGGUUCUUUUAUACAACAUAUUUUGGAAAUGCGGAUUGUCAGAGCUGAUGGUAUGGCGGAUCGUUAUAGCAUUUUGAUUAGGCUUGAUAGUCAAGAUUCUACUGAUAAAUUUUACAAGCACUUCAAUGGAAGCCGAUUUUCAUCUCUAGAGGACGAGGUUUGUCGAGUGCUUUUCACGGUGGAUGUGCAUUACACUGGUUCAGUUGGACAUACGCAGGCGUCUCCGGCAAGCUCAGCUGAGCAGCCCACUUGUCCGGUUUGUCUUGAGAGAUUAGACCAAGACAUGAGUGGAAUUCUUACAACUAUCUGCAAUCAUUCUUUUCAUUGUUCUUGCAUUUCAAACUGGACAGAUUCUUCUUGUCCGGUAUGCAGAUAUUGUCAGCAGCAGCCUGAAAAAUCAAUUUGCAAUGUUUGCCAAACUUCUGAGAAUCUCUGGAUGUGUGUUAUAUGUGGAUUUGUUGGCUGUGGGAGGUAUAAAGAGGGACAUGCCAUAAGACAUUGGAAAGAAACCCAACACUGUUAUUCUCUUGAAUUAGAAACUAAACGUGUGUGGGAUUAUGCGGGAGACAAUUACGUUCACCGUCUUAUCCAAUCGAAAACAGAUGGAAAAUUAGUUGAACUGAAUUCUCAUUGUCUUCAUGCUAAUGAUGGGCACGAACUCUGUGAAGGGGUAGAUUUUGGAUUUACUGAAGCUCUUUUGAACAGUAAAGUUGAAGCUAUUGUUAAUGAAUACAAUGAACUACUUACCAACCAACUUGAGAACCAAAAACUAUAUUUUGAAUCCUUACUGCAAGAAGUCAAAGAAGAAACUGAAAGGGAAAUUUCUAGCGCUGUGGAGAAGGCUGUUACCUUAAAACUACAGAAGCUGCAGGCUAAGCUGGAUAGAUGUCUUAAAGAAAAGAAUAUUCUUAAUGAUCUUAACGAGAAUCUUUUGAAAAAUAAGGAGAUUUGGAAAGAAAAGAUAAAUCAAAUUGAAGAGAGGGAGAAAAAGGCUGUGAAAGCGAAGGAUGAUAAAAUCAAGCAAUUAGAGGAACAGCUUCAAGAUCUGAUGGCGUACCUUGAGACAGGGAAGACAAUGGAGCCGCUAUCAGUGUCUGACUCAGACAAGAUCAAGGAUGGGACUGUCUUACCAAUUUCAAUAGAGUCCUCUUCUAAAACUAGAAGAGCGACAAAGGCUAAUAAAUAAUUAAUGGUUCCAAAUUCUUGUUUAGAUGGCUUAAUUUGCAAGUAAGCAAAUCAUAGCUAUCUAAAAUAGAACAAAAAAAGAAGUGGGAAGUUGCAUGUACAGGAACAAUUGAUGUCUCCUACUGCCGAAAUUUUUUGUUACAGGAUGAUAAAUAUGAUGUAACUUUUGUCCUUGGAGCCUGGCAGUUUCUUUAGGUUGAUGAUAGAUAUGCUCUAAAUUAUGGUAAGUUUCAAUUUAAUUUUCUACUACCGAUAUUGUCCUA